CCCUGUCGCACCCGUUCCCCCUGGAGAAAACUCCGAACAGUGCAAAAGUUGGACGAAUUCGUCAUUCGGUACAUUUAAAAGAGGAAAUCGUAUUUCAGUAGGUUUGUUCAGAAACAGAAACGCUAUAAAUUUGUCGCGGAAGAGUUGCGCAUUGCGCGUGUGAUAUUUUUUCCACCCGGAAGUGGUUGGAAGCGGCCACUGGUCGCAGUGAAAAUCUUCAAUAAUUCGGAUUGCAAUCUCUUUUUCCCUGGUAGUGCGUGGAGUGUGUUGGAAGGAAGAAGAUUCACAAGACAGCUGACAAGAAGAAAAAGCGAAGCGAGAAAAAACUCAUUGCACGACGGUGGUGUAAUCCAAGCCCCGUAACGUUUCUAUCAUUCGUGGAUUUUCAGUGAAAUUCCAUCAUUCGUGUGACAGUGCCAUCAACGGCAUUUAAACAGACUUAUACCGUAUAACGUGUAGUGCGAAUCGAAAAGGAUUACCCAAAAAUUCUCACCAGCCAAGUCGAAAGGAAGAAGACAAAACCCAUACGAACGCUGGUAGUAAUAUGAGUAAUGCUAUUAACCAAAAUGGUACAGGUCUAGAGCAGCAGUUUGCUGGUCUGGACUUGCAGCAGCAGCAGCAGCUGAGCAAGCAAGAUUCUGGAAAUUUUAAAACUUCGGCUGCUCGUUACGUUCCACCCCAGCUGAGAAGCGGCCGUAGUGGUGGUGGUGGUGGUAGCGGAAGUGGCUCUGAAAGUGAUCCCAAAUCCGCUGGCGGAGGUCGUGGAGGCUACGGUCGUGGAGACGAUUUUUCUGGUGGCAACUCAAGAUACCAGGACCGCGAUCGUGGAGAUUACUACAACAACCGGGGCGGAGAUUUUAACCGUCGCGGAGGAGGAGGUGGUGGACGCUUCCAAAACGAUCGAAGAGAUAAUUACAACCGCGGCGGCGGCGGUUACAACAAUCGCGGAGGAGGUCAAGACCGUGGCACAGAUCAACAGCAGCCACCCCAGGAGUUCCAACAAAAUGGCGACGAACCACGUGACGGUCAGUUUAACGAUCGUGAUGAACAAAGAGCCGGGGGUAACUGGGGUAACAAUUCUCGCGGUGGUCGCGGAGGGGAUUAUCGUGAUAGGCCAGUGGAUAAUCGUCCACCACACAAUGACCGUUGGCAAGAACCGCCGGCGAAUGGAGCAGCGGGAGAGGGAUAUGGUGCCGGAAGUGGUUCCGGCAGUUACGGAGGCAACCGUGGUGGAAGAGACGACCGCGGGCAGGGUAUGGGAGGACGUUGGAACGAGCGUGGCAGAGGAGACAUUGAUUAUACACAACUUACCGAUCGUGAUGAGCGUUUGGAGCUGGAGCUCUUCAAGAAUGGUAACACCGGUAUCAAUUUCAACAAGUACGAAGAUAUUCCCGUGGAGGCGACGGGUGACGAUGUGCCACCGCAUAUUAACACCUUCUUGGAUAUCGAGCUGACAGAAAUUAUCGAUAACAACAUCAAACUAGCGCACUACGAUGUACCGACGCCAGUUCAAAAGUACGCUAUCCCGAUCAUUAUGGCUGGUCGUGAUCUUAUGGCGUGUGCUCAGACAGGUUCUGGUAAGACUGCAGCCUUUCUGGUUCCCAUUCUCAACCAGAUGUACAAGCACGGUAUCAGCGCUCCACCGCAAGGUCGUCCAUUCAAUCGUCGCAAACAGUAUCCACUCGGAUUGGUAUUGGCUCCUACGCGAGAGUUGGCCACCCAGAUUUUCGAAGAAUCUAAAAAAUUCUGCUACCGUUCACGCAUGCGUCCGGCCGUUCUGUAUGGCGGUAACAAUACUCAGGAGCAAAUGCGUGAACUCGAUCGUGGAUGUCAUCUGAUUGUUGCAACACCUGGUCGGCUAGAAGAUAUGAUUAUGCGUGGCAAGGUAGGACUAGACAAUAUUCGCUUCCUUGUACUGGACGAGGCCGAUCGUAUGCUGGACAUGGGAUUUGAGCCACAAAUUCGUCGUAUUGUCGAGGAGAGCAAAAUGCCACCGACCGGGGAGCGCCAAACUUUGAUGUUCUCAGCAACGUUCCCGAAGGCAAUUCAAGAACUUGCUAGUGAUUUUCUUCACAACUAUAUUUUUUUGGCAGUCGGUCGCGUUGGAUCAACUUCUGUCAACAUUACUCAAUCUAUCUUUUGGGUAGAAGAAAAUUACAAACGUUCGCAUCUAUUAGAUGUGCUCUCAAAGAUCAAUGCACAGAACGCGGGUGAUGAUACGGACUGCCUGACGCUAAUUUUUGUCGAAACCAAGAAAUCGGCAGACUCUUUGGAAGAUUAUCUCUACAGUAACAAUCAUCCGGUUACUAGCAUCCAUGGCGACCGUACCCAAAAGGAACGCGAAGAAGCGUUGAAAUGCUUCCGUUCUGGCCGUUGCCCCGUGUUGGUUGCCACUGCUGUGGCUGCUCGUGGUUUGGACAUCCCAAACGUGAAACAUGUCAUAAACUUCGAUUUGCCGGCGGAGGUUGAAGAAUAUGUCCAUCGCAUUGGUCGAACCGGUCGGAUGGGCAACCUUGGUGUCGCCACUAGCUUCUUCAAUGAUAAGAAUCGUAAUGUGGCCAAUGGUCUGGUCAGGCUGCUGCAAGAAACACAGCAGGAAAUUCCGGCAUUCCUGGAAGAAAUGACCACCGAUCGAUCGUGGGGUAACCGUGCCCGUGGAGGUGGACGAACCCAACGGUAUGGAGGAGCAAGCUCUACAUUUGGCUCCAGAGAUUACCGUCAGCAGAAUAAUAGUCGCAACAAUAACCGUGACCAGCGUGGAGGUGGUGGUUCUAGUGGCGGUGGCGGUGGAGGAGUUGGCCGCAGCAACUACGGAGGUGGAAACUAUAAUCGUGAAGAAGGAGGCUACUAUCGCAACGGUGGAAGUGGCGGUGGCGGCGCUGGUGGAAGUUACGGCGGAAGCUACAACAAUAACAGUAGCUCUGGUCAUGACUGGUGGAACGAAUAAGCGUUCAGAAUCCACGCAAGGGAACCCAGACACACAUUUCCAGAAUAUUAAUGGAAACUACAGGAUGAAACCACAUACACAACAGCAACUUCGUAUUAAACAAAAAAAAACACAGAUGAAAUGCCCACUCUCAAUUAGCAAAAUCCACAAAACACAAGCAAAAGGAGAACACUACUUUUGUUUUUGCAAGGAAUAGAUUGAUAAAUCAGAACAAAAUUUGGUUGUAAAAUCUAGUUUCCAUCUUUUUUUUAAACAAUUCAUACCGUAUUAAGAACGCCAAAAAACCGAAAAUUUUAAAUUACUGGUUCUUUGGUGGAAUCAAUAAUACGGUGGCGAAAUUUCUAAUUCAUCAAAUUAUUAUAUGCGUUUUAAAACAUCUUGCAGACUCACGUAGGAGAUCACAAUGAAAAAUAAAUGAAAAUCAGUGAAUUAAAUAAUAUUCUCCUAAUACAUAAAUAUCCCCAACAACAGCAAAUACAAAUGAAGUAAAUAAGUAAAAAUGAUGGUCCCAUUUCUCAACGAAAAAAGUCUAUCAGCAUAAAAAAAUAGUGGGGUGCCUUCGUUGGAUUUCUGCCAAUCGCUUCUUUAUACACCGUGAACAGAAAACUAAGGCAAUGUAUCUCGUGGUGAUAAUGUAGGUACUAAUAAACGCAAGAAGUGAUAGCGCAGAACCGAACGGAUUGUCCAGAGCAACUUCUGAUUAUAGCAAGAAAAAUGGAAAACUGUGUUACAUUUUAUUUGAAGUGGAAAACGCAGACAGACGAACAGAAGGCAUACAAUAAUUAAACAAAUAGUUGCACUUUCUCUUUAAUAAACCCAGUACAGAAACCAACAACAACUUGUGACAAAAUAUCUUCAAUAACAACAAAACUGAUUAAAAAAAAUAGACAAUUCGAUGAAGAAGGUAAGGAAA